AACAUCAUCACAACCAACAAAAUUGAGGAGAAAUUUAUUUAUUAUUCACUUUGCAGCUGGUUGCAAUUGAUCCUGUCGCCAAAUUAUGGCCAAUCUUCGCUCCCCUUCCCUCAUCAUUAUGCUCUCGCUCAUCGCUCUAUCAAUCUCCGCAGAUGCACGACAACUUUUAGAGACAACAUUGCCGAAGGUACCUGAGCUUCCCAAGCCUGAGUUGCCUGAGCUACCAUCUCUGCCUAAGGUUGACUUUCCACCAUUGCCUGAAGUUCCAACCUUUCCUAAACCUGAACUUCCCACACUGCCAAAACCUGAAUUGCCUGAGUUGCCAAAGCUUGAAAUUCCCACUCUUCCAAAACCUCAAUUGCCCGAGUUAUCAAAACCUGAACUGCCAGCUUUUCCCCACUUGCCUGAGUUGCCAAACCCCACAUUGCCUACCAAGGACACCAAACCUCCUCAAUCAACUACCAGUCCUUAGACAUACUUUCAAUGUUUGAUCUUGCAGGGAUGACUUCAUCUUUUGCAUUGAUCAGUAUCCUUUAUUCUUCCAAAGUGUCUGAUUCAUAUUUUAUUGUCCAAGCUUGUAUUCUCCAUACUUCUGUUUCAACUAUUUGUAUGAUAUACGUCGUCGGUUUAUAUUCUAUAUACAAAAUUGAUCAGCUUAUUUAA